ACUCGUCGCUGAUAAUUUCACAGGGGACGCAGACGUGAACGUAGCGCUCGUUCACGUGGAAGCGUCGGUUUUAGCCGUGACCCACGAGAAGCUGUGAAAAACGUAGGUGUUGUGAAGGGGAUGGCAGAUGUAGUUUUCACAGUGACGGUUGUUCUUAUCCCAAGCUGGUUAACUGCAACUUGACAUUUUUCGCAAACUUCUCAGUGGUAUCCAUCUGUUCAGGAAGCAAAUUCUAUGGCUCAUCUCAUCCAUCAUUUCUGUUCUAUCUCUGGUCAAACUCCAAACUGGGCUAAAUCUGCCAUUCUUUUUAGUUCUCAUCUUUUUAGUUCUCAUGUUAGUCAAGCUACUAUUCAGGAGAUUAAGCAAUUUUUUUCUGUUUCAAAUUUGGAUAGUAAUUUCACCCAUCUUGGUCAUCCACUUAUUCUUCCUGCUAAGAAUAGAAGUGUUGCUUAUAACUUUGUGCUUGACAAGUUUAAGAAUAAACUGCCUGCUUAUAAAGCCAAUAUGCUUUCUCAUGCUGCUAGGUUGGAAUUGAUUCGUUCUGUUUUCUCAGCUAUUCCUGUUUAUUAUAUGGCUAACAUUUUGUUCACUAAGAAGUUUCUUGCUAAGCUCACUGAUGUCAGUAGGAAUUUUUGGUGGACAGGUGUCAGGGAAAAUGAUUCAAGCAGGAGUCUUUGUCUUCGAGCAUGGAAAGAUAUUUGCAAUUCUAAAGAAGAAGGUGGCCUAGCUACUCCUUACUCUCCUAAAUCUGCUUUCUGGACCUCUGUUUUGAAAAUGAUGCCUAAGUUAAGAGCUCAUUCUUUUUAUCAAUUGACACAAGGUAAUAUCUCAAUCUGGAGUUCUCCUUGGUGCACUCUUUGGACUAGCAUUCAUGACUAUCUUAAUAUUCAACAACCAAGUUUUAUUUAUCCUUCUUUAGUUAGGGAUCUUUGGCUCCCUGGCCAAAAAAAUUGGAAUAAUGGUUUAAUACAUUUACUUUUUCAGCAACCUAUGGCUUCAGUCAUUGCUCAAACUGAUAUCAUUGAUGAUGACGGCCCAGAUUUACUCUGUUGGAAUCUGACACCUGAUGGAAUUUGUUCUUCCAAAUCUGCUUAUAAGCUUUGUUUGCAGGAAAUUCAUACAAAUCCUAGAGAUGCGCCUUCUGUAUUAUCUCUGGAGCUCAAGGACCUUCUCAAACUGGUCUGGAAACAAAAGCAGCUCAUUCCUAGGGUGCAAACUUUUGCAUGGAGGCUUCUUAGGAGAGCUUUACCUACAGGCUUGCGGGCAGGCCGUUUCUCUAAUCAUAUCUCUCCCAACUGUUGUAGGUGUGGCAUUCAAGAGGAUGAGUUCCAUUUAUUUUCCCUAUGUCCUUUUGCACGAGCUACUUGGUUUGAUUCCCCUUGGUUCAUUAGGUCGGAUGUUUUAGUCCAAGGCCAUGCUUCUAUGCAUUCCAUUCUCAUUGCCUUUCUUCGCAUGGGACAUCCAUACGGUUCUAUUUCAAACAUUCUAAACUUCUUGUGGUGUCUUUGGAAGGCUAGAAAUGAUUAUCUCUUUGAUAGGAAUAAGGCUCCUCCUCAUCAUGUGCACCUUGCCACUAAAGCUUUGUCUUCUGAUGCUUAUAUUGAUUUACCUCACUUGUCUCAGAUGCAGGUGACACCACAAGUACAACUUCCUCUUGAUCAGCUUCCUAUGCAGGGACGAACUCUCCGGUCGGAUUUGCUUGUUUCGGGCCCCAAAAUUUACUCUGAUGCAGCUUUCAGAUCUCGGAAAGUUCCUAGUUUACCACAAGGAGAAAUUGCAACGGGAGUGGGUAUUUAUAUUUCCUUGGCUCAAGAUCAAGUGAAUGUGCAGAUUCAAGCUUCUGCUCCUCCUACUACUUCUCCUCUACAUGCUGAAGCUCUGGCUCUCUCUUUUGUUGCUCAAGUGGCUAGUAAGCUCAAUAUUCUUCGACCAACAUUUCUCAUGGAUUUCCUCUCACUAUCGUCGGUGGCUGCUAUUGGAAGGAUAGUAGAAUCUACCACUCCUUGGUGCAUUAGGAAGCCUUUGGCUACUUUCUUCAACCAUGCUACCAAUCUGUAGCCUCAAGUCUUUCAUAUUUCCAGAGAAAUAAAUGGCAUAGCACACAAUGUAGCUCAACAGGUUUUACAUCAAUGUGUUCAACCUGAAGUUUGUUGUUUUGCUUCAGCUCAUAGGCAUACUUCAUGUGCUGUUGUAUCUCUUCUUUCCAACUUUCAGGAUCAGGAGUUUGUAAUUCACACUGUACAUUGUUACUGAGCUCAAUGAAUUUGGCGCUUCGAGCGC